AUUUAAAGCUUUUAGUUGAUUUUGGAAUUUUUGAUGAAAGUCACCACUCGAGAUAAAUAAUUAUUGAAAGUAAAUACCCAUGCAGAAGGGAACGCAUGUUAUGGAAUCAAGUAUUGAAAUAAGAGAUUCAGUGCAAUCAGACAAUGAAGAGUUUGAUGCGAUCAGGUUUGAAGAGGAAUAUACAAACGCUUAUUUUGAUACUUACUUUGAAAAUGGGUCUCAUCAAAUAAAUUUUACAUCUGUAACCAAAUGUCAGACUGACAUACAUUCUAAUAUAUCAUCGAAUGAAAUAUGUGCACCAGCCCAUAUCUCAUCUAACUUGGUAUGUGCUUCCCCAUCAACAACUUCUUCAUUUAGUAUUUUGGAUGAAGGUAAUUGUCUGGAAUUUCCAAAUAAACCAUUGCAAGAACCUUCACAAAACCAAAUUGCAGACCCAUUGCCAGAAUCAACACCAGAACCUCCGCAAGAAACAUUUGAAGAGUCCCCGGCAAAACUUACAACAAAGCAAUUACAAGAAUUGUCGGAAGAACAAAAGCCUAACCCAUCGGCUGAAAAAACGUCAGAUAUAUUGCCAGAAGACUCAACAUCAAACAUACUAACAACAGAACCAUUGCAAGAACAAUGGGAAAAGCAAGACUUAGAGUCAGCAACCAUACGGACAACAAUUCAAUUUGAGGAACGGUCAACAAUUCAUUUGGAAGAGCAACUGUCAACACCACCACAAGCACAGUUGAAAGAACAGUUGACAACUUUAUCACAAAAACCAACAACAAAACCAUCAACGGCUCAACUGAUACAACAAUCAUCAAAGCAAAUAACAGAUCUAUUGCAAGAACAAAUGCAAGAAAUAUCGCUAGACCUUUCACGACAAAAAACAUCAGAGUCAUCGCAAGAACAAUUGACAGAACCAUCAUCAAAAUGUUUGCUACUUUCAUUACCGGAACCAUUGCGAAAACAGUUGAUAGAAUCCGCACUAACAAACGAACCAGUGGAAGAAACACCGCUAGAACAACAGUCAGCACCAGUAAUAUCUAAACCACUGUCAUCGACACCACUGCCUCCUCCCGCACCACCCCUUCCAUCUUUUGAUAAACCUAAUACUGCUAUAUCAACGUGUCCUAACAUUGUUUCCAAUAUACCAACUCCUUCAGUUGAAAUGAAACAGUUGAGCUGGGUGAAAAUUCCGGAUAAAAAAUACGAAGAAAAUGAAGAUAACGUGUGGAGACAUGUUCAUGCUAAAAAGGAUCCACCUAAGAUUGAUAUUAGUAAUUUGGAAACACUAUUUUCCAAAAAAGAAGAACCUACGAUAAAAGUAUCUGGUAAUGUAAAGGCAACGCAAGAUGAUUCGAAGAAGUCUUUCCCACUUGAAAUAUUUUUUAAAAGUAAUCCAGCUCAUCUUAUAGUUGAGGGAAUCAAAUCUGGCCAUGCCAAGAGCAUAAGGCCUGACAGAUUGUCGGAGUUACUAAACCUGAUUCCAGGCCAAGACGAGCUCGGCAAGAUAAAAGAAUACGACGGUAGCACAGAUAAUCUCUCGCAAGUACAACGAUUCCUCUACAAUUUGGCAAAAAUACCGAACUUGCAUUUAAGAAUAGAAAUGAUUGUCUUCAAAGAAACCUAUGAUGCCAACGACGUGGAAACAAUUUGCCAAGAUAUUAAUAUACUGUCAUCAGUAUGUGAGAUGUUGAUGAAUAACGAGUCACUGGUGACAUUCUUAGGGUUUGUUCUAUAUGUGGGGAACAUCAUAAAUAAGGGAAACCCAUCCGGUAAUGCGGUAGGCUUUUAUAUACGCUCGCAUAAAAAUCUGCUGAUGAUGAAAAUGAACAUGGACACAGGGUCAAAAUCAACAAAAGAAAUGAAUUUGUUACAUUAUCUGGUUAAUGAGCUGAUAGAAAAAAACACAGACGCUUUAAAGUUUGCAGAAGAAUUCCUUGACCCUCUACGAAAUGCACCAAGAUUGCACGAAACUCUCUGCAAAGUUGAAAGCUUGAGGAAUAAUGCAAACCGCUUGCAAAAAUUUCUUGAUGAAGAAAAGGAAAUGAAGGAAGAAAAGAUAUUUGAAGAUUACUCACAUUUUCAUUUGGAGGUAAACUCUGCUCUUGAGAAAAUUGAGAAUCGCAAAGAGGUGUUUCACGAAUUAUCUGGCAAACUGGCUCAAUAUUUCUGUGAAGAUAAAGAUUCGUUCAAUUUCGAUGAGUUUGUAAAAGACAUGGAAAGUAUUUGUCAGGGGAUCGCGGAAUGCAAGAAAGAUUUAGUGCAAAGCAAAGCAAAAGAGGGAGGAUACCUAUCAGAUUCGCCAAGAAAGCAAAGAGCUUCUUUCUACAGAGAAUCGUCGUUUCAUAAAAGCGAAGAAAUUGGAAUAGAAUUGAAAGACAACCCUUUGUUCCGGAGACGAUCUGCGGCCUUUACACAAGACCCUCAAUAAACCUUGUUGAUUUUUAUUUUGAAGUUUCAAAAUAAUAAAAUUUUAAUGCUUUUGUUGUAAAGUUGGAAUCAACUAUAAUAUGAUAUAAUAUAUUACUCAGCAUUGCAUUAUAUUUCUACGAUUAAGUUUGACGCAGUGAAAUCAAUUCAACUUGUCCUAGGACUAGAUUAUAAUUAUUUGAUAUGAUUUGUUAAAAAGUCAUAUAUGUUGUUACAUAAAGAUGGUGCUAUCGUUGUGUCAUAUGGUACUCUCGUCAGUAUCUGAGGAGUCCAUUUAGCUGAUGCAUAACACAUUUUGCAGUUAAUAUUUGAAAAUGUCUUAAUUUAUUGAAUGUUUUUUAUCAAUCAGUAAGUAACUUCGAUGAUUUCUUUAAACAAAAACUUAAAUAAGAAUUUGUAACCUUUUCGUUAUUGUUGUUCUUUGAAUUUAAACAGAUAUUCGUUUAUGUAAAAUAUUCUUUCUGUUAUAAAGUUCCUGUCGUAAAAACUCACACAAUAACAGAAAUUAUAUUCAUCACUUUCUAUUUAAUCAGUUUAAUUUUUUAUUCAAGUAAUCUGUACAUACAUGACAACUAUGGGUUAUAGUUAUAUGUUUAAAUCACCUUGUCAAGGUAAAUAUCACUGCUGUUAAUAUAGAUGUUUACACUUUGCUCAUACAACCUUUAUAAAUCGAUCUGCCUUUCAUAUUUGGUAGGUACACAUCUUUGAUCAGGUGGAGUGAAGAGACACUGAGGUCAAAGUCAAGAGCACCGAUUCUCAAAAUAGAUUUUCACACUUUUGCUAAUUCAGUCUUGGGCGUCCGUGGCCGAGUGGUUAAGGUAUUUGACUUCAAACCACUUGCCCGUCAACGCCGUGGGUUCGAAUACCGACAGAGACUUUGUAUUGUUUCAAGUGAGGAAACUAUCCACCCAGCUUAAUAAUUCAAGAAAUAAUGCUCGACUUUUCUCCAUCAUUAAAGCUGGAAAGUCGCUAUGUGACCUAUACUGUGUCGGUGCGACGUAAAACCCAAUCAAACCAAUAAAACAAACUCGUAAGUCUUAAUAUAUUGAGAGAUGUCAUAUUUGGUUGAAACAUACUUAGGGUGGUCCUUUGGGUUCAGUAAGAGGCCACAUGGCUCACUGUCAACGUAACGAAUGCAUUCACUUAUUCUUUAAUGUUAGUAUCUUAUACUGUUAUAUGACUUGUUGGUCUUUGGGGCAGUAAAGAUCAAAGUUACCGCAGCAAAAAUAAAUAUUUGCAUAUCUAAAAACAUUGACAAACAUGCAGAAUUAGCCUUUAGCGAUAUGUUUAGAAUAUGAAGGAAUAUGUAUAGAUAUUUGUGCGAUAUGUAUAUAAUUUGAAUUGUUGUUACGGUUUCUAAUAAUUAUUUCAAACAUUUUUUUCAUGUUUAAGAAUGUAAAAAGUAUAGUAAGUACGUUUGAUUAACUAUGAAAAUAUUAAUAUAUUACAUUUAGAUAUGUUUUACAUAAAAUGAGGUCACGGAUCAGAUUUAAGUAAGCAAAUAUGAGAUAGUACUGCAAUCUAAAAAUACUGCAAUGUAAAAAAAAGAGUGAUAAAGUGUCUAAGUUAUCUCAGACUUACGUCAUUCCUGCUGUUUUACUGCAUUCUUGAUUUUAUUUUUUAUGAUAAAUAUUCUACAUAAA